AUGCCUGUGAGCUUCUCCUCUGCAUCCAAGCGGCUGGGCUCCCCCGGGCGGCUGUCCGGGGGGCGCCCCAGCUUCCAGGCUGGAAAGCCCUGUGGAGUCACAGGCACCGGGAGUGGCUUCUCGUGCGCCCUUGGGGGCAGCUGGUCUGCAGGGGCGCUGGGCACCGGAAGUGCCCCUUGUGCUGUCUUGGAUGGCACCGAGCAUGGCCUGCUGUCCGGCAACGAGAAGGUGACCAUGCAGAACCUCAACGACCGCCUGGCCUCCUACCUGGACAAGGUGCGCGCGCUGGAGGAGGCCAACGCCGACCUGGAGGUGAAGAUCAAGGGCUGGUACGACAAGUUCGGGCCCGGCUCCUGCCGCGGCCUGGAUCGUGAUUAUAGUAGAUACUUUCCGAUCAUUGAUGACCUUCAGAACCAGAUAAUUUCCAUGACCGCGAGUAACUCCAAUGUUGUGCUGCAAAACGAUAAUGCAAGCCUGGCCACCGAUGACUUCAGGUUGAAGUAUGAAAACGAGCAGGCCCUCCACCAGAGCGUGGAGGCCGACCUCAACGGGCUCCGGCGAGUGCUGGACGAGCUGACCCUGUGCAGGGCCGACCUGGAGAUCCAGCUGGAGAGCCUCACGGAGGAGCUGGCCCACCUCAAGAGGAGCCACGAGGAGGAAAUGAAGGCGCUGCAGUGCGCGGCCGGGGGCAACGUGAACGUGGAGAUGAACGCGGCCCCCGGCGUGGACCUCACGGUGCUGCUGAGCAACAUGCGGGCCGAGUACGAGGCGCUGGCGGAGCAGAACCGCAGGGACGCCGAGGCCUGGUUCAGCAAGAAGAGCGCCUCCCUGCAGCAGCAGAUUUCUGAAGACAGCGGAGCUGCCACGUUGGCCAGGAACGAACUUCUGGAGAUGAAACGCAUCGCACAAGGACUGGAGAUUGAACUGCAGUCCAGCGUAGCCUUGAAACACUCGCUGGAGUGUUCCCUGAGCGAGACCGAGGGCCACUACUGCUCGCAGCUGGCCCAGAUCCAGGCGCAGAUCGGGGCCCUGGAGGAGCAGCUGCACCAGGUCAGGACGGAGACCGAGGGCCAGAAACUGGAGUACGAGCAGCUGCUGGACGUCAAGGUGCACCUGGAGAAGGAAAUCGAGACUUACUGCCGCCUCAUAGACGGGGACGAGGGAUCUUGUCUCAAAUCACAAGGCCAGGGAGGACCAGGAAGCCAGAUAAAAGAUGCGUCUAACCCGGCCAUUGUUAAGACGAUUGUUGAAGAAAUAGAUCCUUGUGGCAGUGUUUUCCGGUCCAGAAUUCACACCAUCGAAGAGAGACCUGGCAAAGUCAGCCCAAGCGAACAGAGGGUGCCUUCCUGA